CCAUCUCUCGGACCCGCCUCCCCCCCAUAACCCCCUCCUCCUCUUCCAUUUUUGCAGAGAGCAAGUGGGUGUGAACAAGUUUUCACCUUUUUGCUGUUUUUGGCGCCCAGUGAACCCCCUCUCCUUCCUGGAAGAAACCCACUUGGACCUCACCCACCAUUCCAGAUUCCCCCCACGUACCCAGUUCGAUUCCCCACAACCCCCAUCUCUCUCUCUCUCUCUCUCUCUCUCUCUCUCUCUCUUCGUCUUUAUGGUAUUUGACGAAUUGCUGCUGCUGCUGCUAUUCACUUCAAUUGACUCUUCUCUCUAGUCUCUCUCCUCCCUUCUCCGACUCCCAUGGCUACCCAGAAACACUCGCCUGCUAUAAAGGGCGCCAAAGUUCUCAUGGUUGGAGCAGGAGGUAUCGGCUGCGAGCUCCUCAAGACUCUCGCUCUCUCUGGCUUCCAAGACAUUCAUAUUAUUGACAUGGACACUAUAGAAGUCAGUAACCUCAACAGGCAAUUCCUCUUUCGACAAUCGCAUGUUGGGCAAUCCAAGGCCAAAGUUGCUCGGGAUGCUGUCUUAAAAUUUAGGCCUCACAUAAGCAUUACUCCAUACCAUGCAAAUGUUAAGGACCCUGACUUCAACGUGGAUUUCUUUAAACAGUUUAACGUUGUUUUGAAUGGACUUGACAACUUGGAUGCCAGGCGACAUGUGAAUCGCCUAUGCUUGGCAGCUGAUGUUCCUUUAAUCGAAAGUGGGACUACUGGGUUCCUUGGACAGGUGACUGUACAUGUGAAGGGAAUAACAGAGUGCUAUGAAUGCCAGCCUAAACCUGCUCCCAAAACGUACCCUGUCUGCACCAUAACGAGCACUCCAUCAAAGUUUGUUCACUGCAUUGUAUGGGCGAAGGAACUGCUCUUUGCAAAGUUGUUUGGGGACAAGAGUCAGGCCAAUGAUUUGAAUGUGCGUUCCAGUGAUGGUGCUAGCUCAUCAGAACAGGCAGAAGAUGUUUUUGAGCAUAGGAAAGAUGAAGACAUUGAGCAAUAUGGAAGAAGAAUAUAUGAUCAUGUAUUUGGUUAUAACAUUGAGGUAGCUUUGUCUAAUGAGGAGACAUGGAAGAACCGUAAUAGACCAAAGCCCAUAUAUAGUAGGGAUGCCAUGCCUGUUGAUGUCAGUCAACAGAAUGGAAAUGUGGAAAAAAAUGGUGCAACCAAUGAUCCAUCUUCAGUAUCUGCCAUGGUAUCUCUAGGACUGAAGAAUCCACAAGAUGUGUGGAGCCUUAUGGAAAAUUCUAGAGUCUUUCUUGAGGCUUUGAAACUAUUUUUCAUGAAAAGGGGAAAGGAGAUUGGAAACAUGAUUUUUGAUAAAGAUGAUCAGCUAGCUGUAGAAUUUGUUACUGCUGCCGCAAACAUAAGGGCCACUGCUUUUGGCAUCCCAUUGCAUAGUCUAUUUGAAGCUAAAGGUAUUGCUGGUAAUAUUGUCCAUGCUGUUGCAACAACAAAUGCAAUUAUUGCUGGGUUGAUUGUCAUUGAGACAGUCAAGGUGCUGCAAAAUGACGCAAAAAAUUACAGGAUGACUUAUUGUCUGGAACAUCCAACAAGAAAGAUGCUACUCAUGCCAGUGGAACCAUUUGAACCUAACAAGUCCUGCUAUGUCUGUUCGGAGACACCACUAUUAUUAGAGAUCAACACCAACCGUGCAAAAUUGCGGGACAUAGUUGAAAAGAUAGUUAAAAACAAGCUUGGAAUGAACUCUCCACUCAUUAUGCACGGAGCAGCCCUUCUUUAUGAAGUUGGUGAUGACCUGGAUGAAGCCAUGAUAAAAAAUUAUGCAGCGAAUCUUGAUAAGGUGCUAUCUGAGUUUCCUUCUCCAGUUACUAGUGGAACCAUGCUGACAAUUGAGGAUCUUCAGCAAGAACUGAAAUGCAAUAUCAAUAUCAAACACAGAGAGGAAUUUGAUGAGGAGAAGGAACCUGAUGGAAUGGUUCUAUCUGGAUGGACUCAAGCUACUUCUGUGGUCAAGGAUGACAAGAAGUCCAAUGCUAAUGUUGGAAGCACAUCAAGUGCAUCAGAACUGGAGACUGAUAAGAAUAAUGAGAUUGAAACUGCUCCUGGAAAGAAAAGAAAACUGUCCGAUGUUUCUGAGGCAGAUACGUCAAGUGUUGCUGGUGAUACAAAAAGUCAUGGUAAAUUGGAAGUUCUUGACGACGACGAUGAUGAUGUUGUCAUGUUUAAUGAUUGGGAUUCAGCCGCCAACAAGAAGUUAAGGUCGCAAUAGCUUUUGGAUUUAAAUGUGGAGGGGUCAGUACUAAUUUUGUACCAUUAGUGAGAAGCAUUGAUUCUUUUGGGGCUCAUAAUUUGCUGUUUGUUAGGUCGAGCCAGUACAAGUUAAAUGGUCAUUCCUUUCCCCCUCUUCCCUUUUUGGUGGUUAGAAAGUGUAAUGUGUAUUCUUCCUAACUUAGUUGGCCGAGUAAUAGAAGUGUAACAUGGAGAGAACUAAAAACUUCGGAAAUGACAGCAGUGACUGAACAAAUGACCAUUAAAUUGCAAACACUUUUUCUGUCUA